UCUUUCUUUACCAAACGGAAUACGCCGAUUACGCAGUUAAGGUAGACGGAUGCCUGAGUUAGGAAGCUUGCUCUAAAAAAGAAAAAUGGAGUUCAUCGACGAGUAUGGUGAAAGCAGACCUAGGCUCAUCUUCCAAUCUCGUCCCCAACCUUCAUCAGUAGCCAUUGAUUCACCUCAAAAUUCCCAGAAAAACAAGCCUAUACUCAUCAUCUCACUCUCUUUCUCUCUCCUCUUCCUGGGUGCUUCCUUCUUCUUUAUCCAAUCUCAGUUACUCAACCCCCUUUUCCUAUGGCUUUCUCUCUCCUUCCUCGUCGGCCCUUUUGCUCCCCUAUCUAUCACUGCGGGCGACAUUCAAGUUGGCCAAGGAAGAAUCGUCGAAUUCUCCCCUCAAAUAGAUCCAAUUGAUGCUGAUGAAUCCAAGAAAAAAGUGCCCAAUAAGAGAAACAGAGGUAAGCGAUCUGAUUUUGAAGGGGUUACAAGUAACGGGUCUUCUGAUUUUGUGAAGAACAGUGACAAUUUGGAGGGUUUUGGGGUUGAUUUGAAGGAAAAUGAGAAAGGGGAUUUGAAAUCAGGGUCAAAUGUUGUGAUUGAGGAGAAAGAUUGGAGUGAGGAGGAUUUAGGGUUGUUGAGGAAACAGGUUUUGAAGUAUCCAAUUGGGAAACCUAGAAGAUGGGAGGUGAUUUCUGAAGCUUUUAAGGGUAGGCAUGGUGUAGAGAGUGUGAUCAACAAAGCUAAAUCGUUGGGAAAGGAGAAGCCAGUAGAUUCAGAUUCGUAUUCGAAGUUUUUGAAGGAUCGAAAAGCGAAUGAUAAGAAGGUUGAAGGUGAAAAUGUAGCUGCAAGUAAUGUAGAAAAUGGUGGGGAGGUGAUUACCUGGAGUUCAAGUGAAGAUAUUGCUCUGCUUAAUGCAUUGAAAGCUUUUCCAAAGGAGGUUGCUAUGAGGUGGGAGAAGAUUUCUGCUGCUAUUCCAGGGAAGCCGAAAGCCGCCUGUAUGAAAAGAGUUUCUGAGUUGAAGAAGGAAUUUAGGAGCUCUAAAGCUUCCACUGAGAGCUAAUUUAAUGUGUUGCAUUCAUGUUUCUGAGUUGUGGUAGCAUUUGAAUGAGGAAAAGAGAGCCUAUAUGACAUCAAUGUCGGAUCAUUACAGUUCUCUUUGGAACCAUAUAUAUGCCGUUUGAUAUGAGAAGGAAAUUUGGUAAACUCAAAUACAAGUACAAAAACAAAUGCAGAGACUUAGCUUGAUGCAGAUCGUAUACGAAUACAUGAUGAAGGGACUCAAUGAAGCGUUGAGCUUGAUUAGGUUAGGCAAUAAAAGUACUUAUUUAUGGUUUUCAUAUUGUUUCUCUUACCUCUGACUUUCUUAUGUUUCUCCUUUUUACUUUUUUCUAUUCUAUUGUCUUCUUUGCUGAUAGUUGAAACUAA